CUCCCGUCCCCUCACCGUAGUCGCUUGACACCGAAAUGCCACAAAAUGGUGGCAAAGCCCUGUUUGUGUCUAAUUGAAACUCCUCGACUCAUUUCAACUAGUUUCCUUGACGCCAAGGUUCCACAAAAUGGCGGCAAAGCACUAUUUGUGUCUAAAUGAAACUCCACAACCCACUUCAAUGUAGAUGUGCCAAAGGUAUUUUUUACUGUUUUUUUUCCCCGAGCGCAAGCAGACUAGAAAAUGGACAGAUUGUGCAGUAGGGCAACUGUUUAAAGCGUCUGGCUCGCAGUUCUGCGGCCUGAGGUUCAAAUCCCGGCCCCGCCUGUUUGAAGUUUGCACGUUGUGCCCCCCCCGUGCCUGCAAGUGUUUUUAUCCGGGCACUCUGGUUUUUCCUCCAGCAGUCCGGCGACCCUUGUGAGGAUAUGUGGCUAGGAAAAUGGAUGGAUCGGGUGUCAUAUAGCGGUUUCUAAUGAGAAUUUUUUUUUUUUUGGGGGGGGGGGUUGAAAACAAGCUUAUCGCGGACAUUCCGCACGCGCUCUCCAAAUGCGGGUUUAUACGGCUGAGCUCCCAGCAUGCCUUUCUGCAGGUGUGUUUGCUCACACUCGCGUAACUUGGGAGACGCCGCAGCUGCGGCGAAAGAUCACAGGCGGCUCGCGGUAGGAAACCCAACUUUCAGACGUUCCCCGGUCACGUACGUGUUGGAAGGGGUCGUAGCCCAUGAAGACUUCUGCGGCCAUUCAGGGCGACUGCGACCUGGAGAUCUCCAAUGGAUGACUGCAGGACGGGGAGUGGUUCACGCCGAGAUGCCCGUGUCCGAGGAACCCCUGGUGGGUUUGCAGUUGUGGGUGAACCUGUCCAGACAAAACAAGAUGGUGGAACCAGCCUAUCAGGAGCUGCGGACCUCUGAGAUCCCCAAACCGAGUCAGGGAGGAGUCACGGUGGCCGUGAUUUCUGGCGAAGCCCUCGGCGCAAAGUCCAAGGUCUUCACAAGAACGCCGACCAUGUAUUUGGAUUUUGAGCUGAGGACGGGAUCCCAACAUGUGCAGCCGGUGCCCUCGGGAUGGACCACUUUCAUUUACACUCUAUCGGGGACCAUUCACGUUGGUCCAGAUGAGGACCAGCAGAAGGUGGAGCCCCAUCACACGGCGGUUUUGGGGGACGGAGAUUGUGUGCAAUUUGAAAACAAGGGCGCCGACAUUUCCCAUUUCGUCCUGGUCGCCGGAGAGCCAAUCAACGAGCCUGUGGCCAAACACGGUCCGUUUGUCAUGAACACGCAGGAAGAGAUCAGCCAGGCUAUCGGCGAUUACAGGAACGCUCAAAAUGGCUUUGAGCGGGCCUUAAAUUGGAGGUCGAAGAUCGGGGGGGCUUUUUGACCACAACGUUGUGCAAAGUCUCUUGUUGCUUGUAUAGAUUUAUAAUAUUUGCUAGCAUAAAAAAAUGUUCAUUUUACCUUUCAUUUUAUUAAAGCGUCA